AUGUCUGCCAAUUCCGAAAAUCUACCCACUGAUGAUUACGCCGCACUGGCUUCUUAUACUUUCGGGGCGCCCAGUACGUCCACGCGGCCGCCGUUGGAUACCGAAAUGCUCAGUCCGCUUUCGACACUCCCUGACCGCGAGAGUAUGUCGACCAUCGACCAAGACCGCACUCCUAGACAUUCCGUAUCGCAUCCUCGUGACGAGGAAGAUGACGAGGAGGCCGCCCGCCGUACUCGGUCCAAAAUGCGUGCAAUCGACGAUGGCGGCCGUAGACCUUCUCUUCCUACCAACGUAUUCAGUGACAAACCCUCCACUAGCUCUCAACCUGAUGACGACAGACUCGACUCUCACUCUGACUCCGGCGACGAAGGUGGCGCACUAGACACCGACAUGGAGUUUGAGGCCCCAGUCCACGACGCAGCCUCGCAACAUACGUUCGGCGGCUUGAGCGGUGCGAGCCAUCGUGCGUGGGAUCAACCGGAAGAGUCUGAAGAAAACGAACGUGAGCGCCCCUGGGAAUCUUACGUCGUCGAUCCAGCCCACCGAGACGAGCACGGUGGAUCGCCUGUGACGUUCGCCGCCACACUGAACAGCGACGACGACCGUUUCUCACUCUCUGGCUCAUCUGAUCGCGACGCCACUGCUAUUCAAUAUGCAACCGGACGCCGCCCGAGCCUUCCCUUGCUUAUACGGACGCCGCCGUCUAACUCUCUUGGCUUUGAUGCAGCAGACUCUGAAUUCGUGCGCGACAGGGAAUCUAGUGUCGCCACCAUUACGAUGCGGAGGCCUAGUCGUAGCGUCGACGACGACCUCCGUGCAGCUCUGACCGCUUCUAUGGAGCCAGGAAUGCAGCCCUCAAGCGAGCCUACACCUGGGCCUAGCACCGUAGGGGAAAGGCCCGCUUGGGAGAUUGAUAUGGCUUAUAUCCAGGAUGGAAUUGUGACGGGCUCCCGUCGUUCAUCCGCUUCGUUCAUCCGCCCACUUCCAGCGCCUCCGAAGAAGGGCAAGGAGAAAAAGGAUCGCAAGGGGAAAGGGAAACAAAAGGCGAAGACGAAGGGGCCCGCACUGGACGAAGACGUGGUCAAUGCUUUUAGCUCAGAAGUCGCUCCUUGGGCAGCAGAUGAAGGCUCUAUCAUGCAGGGGCGCAAGUCCAGCGUCGCCACUGUAGGCAUGGGCGACGAUUUUUUCACUCGGCAUGUCCGCGAGAACGACCCUGCCUACGCACAUGCUCGCAACAAAUGGGCAUACGUCAAACCACCUCGCAUGAACGCCCCGCCUCCAGCUCCUAGCGCUGGUAAGCGCGCCGAGGGUGCGUGGAUCCCCCCAGAGCCCGAGUUUUGGCGGAACGACCAGAACGGCACGUUCAAACUCGAUUGGGGCACUGUGACGCCUCGUAGGUCAUCUUCUCUUCACAAUCGUUCGCGAGUCGACGUGAUCGAGCCUAUCUCUUCAGAUGAUCCCAGCAAGCCGCUGCAGCGAAGGCUGAAUAUCAUGCAUCUCGCGGACGCGACCUGUACUGGCUCUCCGAACGGUGGUCCUAGCGUCAUUGUUCACAAGCACUCCAAGGCUGUUGCCUUUUCCAUCUUCCGUGAUGAUGGCCUGCUCGAGAAUAACAGUCAUCGUACCAAACGCGAGCAGCGGAAUCAACUCGACGCUCAUUUCAGCAUCCUACUCGCCCCGCGGUCGGUACAAGAACAGUACACCAGUACGAAGUCGACAAAGUCGCUCAACGCGCAUGGUCUGCUCGACGAGAAAUCGUCCGAGUCGUCGAGUCGCGGGAGAGGCAACGCACCGCCUUCGUCGCGAGAUCGACCGCCUCCUGUCCCUUCCAUAGGCCGACAAAUCAUUCCUUCUUCCAGAAUCUCGCGAGAUACCCGGCCGUCGACUGCCGGAUCACAGGCCAGCAGUACCCAUGGUCGUACCGAUUCGACGACGUCUGAACACAGCGGUGAAGGUCGUUCCAGUUCUGCCACGCACGACGACCGUACCACGGUCACGUCCGCAACCACUGCCCCUCGCACCCAGCCUAGCGAUGCGGAGGACGAGUACGAAGACGAUGAUGAUGACCUCAACGGGCCUGUGGCGCCCAGGACAUCUCACGCAGAGGCAUUCGGUUCACUUGACCGCGUCACGAUGGAACAGUACAGGCAGCAUAACCCUCCAUCUCCCGAUACGCCACCCUCCAUCCUUGCCCUAUUCCGGAAACCCUUCAAAGGCUCCUCUUCGUCCUCGACUCCUCGUUCGCCCAACGCACACAUGAAACCCUAUGCCCCGGCAUGGGUCACCAUGGCCCCUCGCCACCAACAGGACUCGCAGGACGAGGUCAUCCACAACUUGAACGAGUCGUUCAAAGACGUCGGUUUGCUUCCUUCGAACAGGCGGAAGGGAGGCCCGGAUCCAAGCAAGCAGAAGCGGGUGAAACGUACGGAGACGAUGCAACGCAUCCCAGACGACGUGAUCUACAUGCUCCUUCCCCUCUGGUCUCGUGGAAUCGACCCGAAGCAGCCCUCGCAUCCAGAAGCGAAGCAGGCGUCGCAGGUCUCGAUGGAGGACUACAACGUCCCGCCCGAACAAGAGCGUGUGUAUCUUUACGUGUCGUAUCGGCCGUUCGACGGGCCCCGAGACGACGCGAGCGGGUUGAGCAAGAAAAGGUCCAGGUCGACGGCGGCGGGGUCUGAACGAGCGGAUCCCGCGACUCGAAACCGCGACUUGCUGAACUCGUUCACUGGCCCGCGCGGGUUCCAAGUGAGCGCGCGUCGGAUCUCUUACGCACAACUUUCGGGGACUGGCAUGCGCAUUCCCGCUCAAGGUCUCGUCGUUACUGGCUCACCUGAAGACCUCGGAACGGCACCGUCUCCGGAAGGUAGCGACAGUGCGCAGAUCAUUGCGUGGUGCGAGAAGCGGGAGAAGGGAGUGUUAUUCGUGGAUGAUGGGUUGGAGAAACUUGGGCUCUGUCGCCCGCGGGAACAGCAUUUCCCGUCGGUGUAUGGGUUGAACAGGGUGGACCCUGCGAUGCAGGUGAACGCGCCGGAUCCCGAGCAGUUGAAGGCAGAGAUUGAGCCGUUGACGCCGCUGGGGAGGGCUGUUCAUGAGAUGGUCUGGUUGGGGUGUAUGGCGAUCACGAGCUUCGGGACGGGGAUGCACGCGCCCGAGGCGAAACGAAAAUAA